AGAGCGUUUGUUUUUAUCCGCGGUGUGCGCAGGUCGUCCGGGGAAGUGGUGGGCGUUUCUCCCUGUCCGUUCGCUGACUGUUGAUGCCAAGACGAUUUUUUUCCUCCACGACAAGCUCUCCUGAUGUUUCUCCCUACGCUCGUAGAGGACAUGCAUCAUUUUAAGCCUAGUCGAGACAGACUGUACACCACCAGGUGUUGCGGUUGUUGCCACGUCCGGACGGGGACCAUCAUCCUGGGAACAUGGUACAUGGUAGUGAACCUGUUGAUGGGCAUCCUGCUGACUGUAGCUGUGACCCACCCAGAGAACGUCCCCACUAUCGACCUCCAGUAUGAGGUCAUUGACCAUUACUUUGCCUCCGACAGGAUGUCUGAAAAUGCGUGUGUUGGAUUCGCCAUCUCUCUGCUGAUGCUCACCAUCAGUGCCAUGAUGGUGUAUGGAGCCAUUACCCAUCGUGACGGCUGGCUCAUCCCGUUCUUCUGCUACCAGCUGUUUGACUUUGCUCUGAGCUGCCUGGUGGCCAUCAGCUCUCUCACCUACCUGCCCAGGAUCAGGGACUACCUAGACCAGCUGCCGGAUUUCCCGUACAAAGACAACCUCCUGUCUCUGAACUCCAGCUGCCUGCUGCUCUUUGUGCUGGUUUUCUUUGCCUUCCUCAUCAUCCUCAAGGCUUAUUUGAUCAACUGUGUGUGGAACUGCUACAAGUACAUCAACAACAGGAACAUGCCAGAGAUCGCCGUGUACCCUGCCUUCGAGACCCCUCCCCAGUACAUCCUGCCCACUUACGAGAUGGCCAUGAAGAUGCCAGAGAAGGAACCACCUCCCCCUUACAUGCCAGCCUAAACACCAGCCCUUUUGCCAAAACACACACACACACACACACACACACACACACACACACACACACACACACACACACAGAGCCAUCAUAUGCAUUCCUACGUUCCCUCACUAACCCUCCCUGAACACCAUUACGCCCUCAUCCCUCCCCUCUGACCUACUGUUUAUGUGUAAGGCCGCUGAAGAUGUUCUGUUCGACCCUCCCGCUGAGUUUCUAUAGAGCCUAUGGAAGAUCUAGAGAUGUGAGAGGAGAAAUUUGUGUGAAAAUAAUAAAUGAAUGAGUGUAAUGUUUGAAAAUCAACAGAAGCUACCCUCUCCCCAAACUCUGCCUCCCACCUCUGGCCUUUUUUAUGUCUUAGUAAAAGGGAUAUAUGUGAAAAUUAAAUUGCUUGAAAUGCUCUCAUCAAUCCAGCACCAUCCUAUUGAUAGAUUCAUAUAUGAAGUGUAAAAAAAAUUAGGACAAUCCGCGUAUUAUAGCUCUUAUUGUUGAAUUGUGUUUCGGUUUGACCCUAAUUAUGAAUCCCUAGACUAUUCUUUCUCAGUCUUGAGUGGAGUCUGUAGCACUUUUUUGUCUGUUAUUUAUUUAGCUUCGCUGUGGUUGGGUUCACCUCCACCCCCAGACAUCGUCACCACUCUGCUGUGUUAGCAACGCUCGUGAAAUGUUUUCCAGCUUAAACUGGGAGAGAGCAGAGGGCACCGAUGGCCGAUCAUUUUCUCUGCUUCUUUCUAACCCGACGUCUGGAGCAAACGGCUAGUCUCGUGAACAUUAGUUGUUGCAUGCUUAUCAGCUCCACCUCCUCCCAUUACUUUACUGGUAAUAUGAUUUUAUCCUAGUGGAAAUACAUUUGACUUCAAUAAACGCUUCAGAACAA